GGGGAGCACCAUGCUGAUACCUUCUUCUGUAGCUUGAUGUAAUUAAUUUUCCUCUUCAGUUUAGUUAUUUAACUGGGACCCAAAUCAUUGGGCAUUUGUUGAUGGCUUGUUUACAUUUAAUUAUUUUUUUGUGUGUUUAAUUUUUUUAAAAAGUUGCUGGAAGAAGAAAUUAUAGGAGAAAGAAAAUCAGUUUUGGUAGCAUGCUAAUUUUUUAAUACUAAUUCUAUGUCAUCUGACAGAAAUUUAGGGUGAAAAACAAGUAAUUCAGCCAUAUAUAUUGGUACUUAUUUGCCAGUAUGAUUCAGUCUUUGUAUCAGAUGAGAGGAAUGAAACUUACUUUCAUUGCUGGAAACUACAAAGAACUUGCAUAGAGAAAAAAAAAAAAAAGCUGUGAUGUGCAGUGGAACAUACUUCUUGGCAUUUAUUUUCAUAGAGUAUGAACAUGUCUGUACGAGAAUAUUUAACUGUAUGUUACCUAGAGCAGUUUAUCAUUUUAAAAGCUAUUGCUUGAGAAUGACUAGAUCUAAGAAGUUCUUGGCUGAUGUUUCUCUGUAAUGAUUAUUUAUCUAGUAUGGUUUCUCUGCCAUAGACUUCACCUAAGCCUUAAAAAUAUGUACUUAAUUGUUUGAAUGAACACAUUCCUGUGUAGCUUCUCUUCUCUUCAAUACGACAACAGUUUUGUGAAAAGUCAAGAGGAUGACUAAAAAAUUAGAAAAUAAAAUUUUGUGAUUGUUGCUUUUUUAGAAAGUGAUUUAAAGAAUAAUUUUUAAAAACACGAAACGUCUCUUUCUCACCCGGGGGUAAAAUAGUAAAAGUUGCAUUUAUAAAACAACAAGAACAGUUGGGACUUGACUGAGGAAAAAUGUACUGAAGAGUGUGUUUUUGUAUUUUGGAUUAUGAAACUACCAAAUAGCUUUCAGACCCCCAAUGGACCACUCAGCCUGUACUCCAUUUCACCAUGGCCUUCCUCGCUGCCGCAGAUGCAGACUUUUGCUUCAACCUGUUCAGAGAGAUGGACAGCAAUCAAGGAAGUGAAAAUGUGUUCUUUUCCUCUCUGAGCCUCUUCACUGCCCUGGCCCUGGUUCGUUUGGGUGCAAGGGGUGACUGUGCUUCUCAGAUUGAUAAGGUGCUUCACUUUAAUACCUUCUCAGGACACGGGCACUCUGCUGAUACUCAGCAGCCAGGACUCCAAUCUCAACUGAAAGGAGUUCUGUCUGAUAUAAACACAUCCCACAAGGAUUAUGAACUCAGCAUUGCCAAUGGACUUUUUGCAGAAAAAGUAUUUGAUAUUCGAAAGGACUAUAUUGAGUGUGCUAAGAAAUUAUAUAAUGCCAAAGUGGAAAGAGUUGACUUUACAAAUGAUGUGGAAGACACCAGAUAUAAAAUUAACAAAUGGAUUGAAAAUGAGACCCAUGGCAAAAUCAGGGAUGUCUUUCAUGAAGGUACCAUAAGCUCAUCUGCUGUGAUGGUGCUGGUGAACGCUGUAUACUUCAAAGGCAAGUGGGAGUCAGCCUUCACCAAGAGCCAGACACAAAAUUGCCAUUUCAGAUCCCCCAAGUGUCCUGGGAAAGCAGUGGCCAUGAUGCAUCAAGAACGGAAGUUCAAUUUGUCUGUCAUUAAAGAUCCAUCCAUGCAGGUUCUUGAGCUCAGAUAUCAUGGUGGUAUAAGCAUGUACAUAAUGCUGCCGGAUAAUGACCUAUCCCAAAUUGAAAACAAACUGACUUUUCAGAAUCUAAUGGACUGGACCAAUCCAAGAAAAAUGAAAUCUCAGUAUGUCGAAGUGUUUCUACCUCAGUUCAAGAUAGAGAAGAAUUAUGAAAUCAAGCACUACUUAGAAGCCCUAGGGCUGAGAGCUAUCUUUGAUGAAUACAGAGCUGAUCUCUCUGGUAUAGCUGCAGGAGGCCGUCUAUAUGUAUCAAAACUGAUGCACAAGUCUUACAUAGAGGUCACCGAGGAGGGCACAGAGGCCAGUGCUGUCACAGGGAGCAACAUCGUAGAAAAGCAGCUGCCUGAGUCGAGUGUGUUCCGAGCUGAUCACCCAUUCCUAUUUAUAAUCAGGAAGGAUGACAUCAUCUUGUUCAGUGGCAAAGUCUCUUGCCCUUGAAACUACAAUUGGUUUUUAUUAGAACAGAAGCAACAACAUCAAGGAACCACCACAAGGAAGUAGAUUUAAGUUUAAUUGGAAGCAUGUGAUGACUCCUUUAGGUUUACUUCCUUCUAACAUUGAUCAGCAGAAGAUUUGGGUGACUUGACUUGACCUGGUUGAUUGUCCUGAUCUUGCUCUUAGCAUUUCUACCGCCAUCAGGCCCACCUCUUUCUAAUUUCAUUGUCUUUCUAUCCACACUGAUUUCUACCAGUCUUCACCAUGGCCACUUGCACAAAGAUCUGGGUAUACUAUCUGGGAACUGUGGAAUGCUCUACCUGUAAUGUUAGAGUAGUAUGUAGAAGCAGCCCUAGGGGUAUUUUUUGAGACUGUAGUUAUCACAGAUAUUCUAGUUUCAUUGCAAAUAUCUAGGAAGAAGAUCCAGCUGCUGGAAAUAAGUGUCAAGGAUAACUUUUCCUGCUGAGCUAAGAAGACAUCAGAAUUGACUUUUCAUAUAUCUGGUUUGAAAUUAGUAUCUAAUCUAGAUGCUAAAAAUUAUGGAUUUAGGAUUGGGAACCAGCAAAAUAUUUCAUCAAUAAUUUUGAGUUGACACCUUUCAGCCUUUCCUUGGUAGAGAUUUGAUGUGUACAUAGCUUUUCAAAUAUUAAAUUAGUGUCUUUUAACUUUUGCCAUUUGUUUAUAGCAUAUUAUUUCAUAUGAUGUGUAGUUUGUUCUUUUUCUUUAUUUAUCAGAAUAAAGAAAUACAAAAUAAU